UGUUUCGCAUCUCCUUCGUUCGGAAAUUCUCGUUUUUAACGCGCAGAAAGUGUUUGCUAAAUAAAACUGAACAUGUAAAGGCUUUAGCCGAUUCGUGCGGUGGGAUCGGUCAUAAAGAUUCGAGUUGUUCGCGAGUUCCAAAGCGGCAAUUAAAGCCGUGCCGUGUCUCUAUCUCUCUCGGGCAACAGCAUCAGGAGCAGCGGCAGCAGCAUCUGCGGCGGCGGCGGCGGCGUUUUGUGACGUCAAAAGCAGCGACGUCCUUCGCUGGCAGACUCGCACACACACACAGACACACACACACGCAGACGCACCAGGCACACCGACAGACACAAUACCCCACACUGAAACGCCCCCACCCGUAAGAAUAUAACGCAAAAGUAUCAGAGGAAGAGAGCAAGGGAGGAGAGCGAUUUAUAUUCCUUUGUGGCCGCGAGUGUGCAUGUGUGUGUGCAACUACAACUGCAGAAGCAACAACAAAAACAACAACAACAACAACAGCAGCAACAAAAAUGGAACAACCAAGUAUUCUCGUCAAAAUCCUGCACUCGAUUCCGCACGUGAAUUACACAUUCCGUCGGGUUAACGACACCUUCAAUCCGGAUAGCGAUGUUUACCUCGAGAGCCUUGGCAUCCUGGCCUCCAUUCCCGCUGGCCUCCUCAUCAUCUCAUUGCUGGGACUUCUCCUCUAUUUACUGACCCGAUGCUGUGAUCGCCGCCAAAGGAAACCCAGUGCCCAGCGAUGCCAGAGCUGUUCCCUGGUCAUCAUCACACUGAUGACCUGUGCGGCCAUUGGAUUAGGCUUAUAUGGCAACGACGACUUUCAUAAUGGCCUAUUGCAGGCCUUUGGUUCGGGAAAGAAUGUUGAGGGACUGGUGCUUACCCUUAAAAGACAGACGGAGAGCAUUAAGCACGACUUGGAGACGCGGAUGAACGGUCACAAUGUGGACCAGCAGGUGGAGAAGCCACAAUAUAACCAGACGGUGGUCAUGCUUCUCAUUGAGACAUCGCGCCUGGUCACGGAGAACACCUCACGGGCGGUGGCCUCACUGGAUAGCAUGGUUCAUUAUUUCAUGAAGGCCAAGGGCACUGAGAAUGACACCUCACUGAUGGGACUGCUGCAGCUUGGUGAAUUCUAUGAAUCGAUUCGAUGGCCCGCCACUUUGGCCUUCCUCACCAUGCUCUUGCUGCUGUGCACUGUCCUGGUGAUUGGAGUUGCCCGUAGAUCACGCUGCACUUUGAUCUUCUUUAGUGUUUCGGGUCUGUUUUGCAUCAUCAUCUGUUGGCUGCUGACUGGCAUUUAUUUGGCAUCCAGUGUGGCUGCCGGUGAUUUUUGUAUGCGUCCGCAUGACUACAUGUGCCGUCAAGUGGGCAUGCGGAGUCCGUAUGUGGAUUUCCUGAAUUGCGGCACACCGCGUAAUCGAUUUAUUUUACGGCUAAACGAGUCCCGGGAUCUGGUGGAUCGGGCCAGGGAGAGUGUCGAGCAAAUGGCCCGUUUGAGCCAGGAAACUUAUCCGCACAUUGACAUUCAGCGGACAUUGACAGCCAUGGAUAAUGAUUUGCAGCAGACGCUACGCAAUUUGACGACAUUAUCGGCUACCCUGGAUCGUCGAGCCAUCGAUAGGCAUUAUGAGGAGGCUUUACGUGGCCUUUGCGGUGGCGGUCUCCUUGGAUUGAGUCUAAUGAUGGUGGCUGGUCUGCUCACAUCCUUCCUGCUCACAAUUCUAGUGUAUGCUGACUCGCAUGCCUGGAUCUAUUUGAGCAAGAGGCCCCCACUGGAUGCCGAUAAAUCGGAGACGGCACCGCUAUUCCCCGCCUCGAAUGCACCAAGUGCCAGCAUUUCGCCCACAGCACCCAUGGGCACGGGGACAAUCAAUCGCACACUGUUGCAUCAUCAGCAGGCUGCUGGUGGUGUCGGUGUUGGAGGAGGAUCGGGCACACUGCCUGGCUCUGGCAGUGGUGGAGGCGGGGGCGGUGGAGGCCCCAAUGGACAUCAUAAUGGCGUUGGAGCUUAUCGCAAUGGAACGGCCGGACUGAGACAAGGGUUGGUGGCAUCACCUUCAUCACAAUCAAGCCACACAACCUCAUCCACCGCCACUUACAACCACCUCAACCAACAACUGCACGGCAUCGGUUACAACAGUCACCUGCCACCACCACAACAACAACAACAACAACAACACCUGUACAGCAACAACCACCACUACAACAACCACAGCAACCACUACAACAGCAACAACACACAGCAAUAUAGAACUAACUCCGCGGCAGGUGCGGCGGUGGGUGGCCAGCGAUCGCCAUCGCCGCCGCCCGGCUACGAUUUGGUGCAUGGCACAAGGUCCGGUCACCAUACCCUAGGACGCCUGCCGUCGCAUCAUCAACAAUCGGCUUCGUAUUUGCCGGGACCGAAUAAUGGAAAAUAUGCGACACUCAGCAAGCAGUGUAAGACGCUUGAGUCCAACGACUUCUACUGAGAUUCGCUUGCCUGCAGCUCCCAUGCAGGCAGUAGCAGCAACACAGCACAGCAGCAGCAGCAGCAGCAGUUGCACCUCCAGCAGCAGCAGCAGCAGCAACAGCAACAGCAGCAGCAUCAUAAUAGCAGUCUAAUCAAUCAGAACCAGAGCACCCUGAAGAACAUCUUUGCAUCGGCCACACUGCCCCGUUCCACGGGCAGUUCCAUUCGGUCGGUGCUCUCGGCCCAGACUUCCAAUGCCGGCAUAUGCCGCUCCACGGGGAAUGGCCUCGAUGGUGGCGACUUCGUGGAUGAUCGUGAUCCCCGGGAUGUGACCAACAACAGUUUCAAUCGCUUCGAUCCCAAAUACAUUAGCAUCGGCCCCAAGGCGGUGCGUGGACAGAAUAAUAAUCUAAAUAUUAUGUCCGCUGCCGGUGGCAUCUCUUCCACGGCCAACAAGUGUGCCACAUUGCGUCAUGUUGGUCGUUAUGGUGGCUCCCUGAAAGGUGUUUCCGCUGUCAGUGCCGCACAAUCACCAGCUAUGGUAGCCCCGGCUGUACAUUCACCAAACUUGAGGAGCGCCAAAACGCCAUCGAUAGCAACUGUUUCGAAGGAUUACUGUCAGCAGCCGGACUGCAUACCCCAGGAGUUCCUCAUACAACAGCAGCAGCAGCAGCAACAACAAUUGCAGCAGCAGCAACAGCAACAGUUGCAACUCCAGCAGCAGCAGCAGCAGCAACUGCAACAGCAACUCCAGCAACAGCAGCUGCAACUCCAACAGCAACAGCAACAACAGCAAAUGGUGCCACCUGCUCCGCCCCAACCAGCGCCACCGCCGCCACCAAAACCAAAGAUAGUGAAUACAUUUACAGAGAUACCCGGCACCACAGGCGUGGGCAGUUCAUAUGCCAAGGAGCAGCAGCAGCAGCAGCAAUUACUGGCCCUGCAGCAGCAACAACAGCAGCAACUGUUGGCCCUGCAGCAGCAGAGGGAGCGAGAACGUGAACGAGAACGAGAAAGAGAAAGGGAGCGAGAGCGAGAGCGAGAGCGGGAGCAGCAGCAACAGCGGGAGUUGCAUCCACCAACCACGCACAUAUUGCCACCCUCGGCUGUGUAUAGUAUCGAGAGCAGCGAUGUCCUGCCCACAGCAGCUCCGCGUGUGCAGCAACGUUCCCUAAAUCCCGCCUCCAUAGUAAACCAGCCGCUGCCCGAAAUACCCACGAAUCAGAAUUCAAAGAUCUCCGCUCAGCCGCUGUGCGCCGCCAGCCUGGGUCAAUAUCGUUCCCUGCAGCGACCCCAAACGCAAAAGUUGCAGACGGUAGCAGUGUCGCAGCAGCAGCAGCAGCAACCGCCCACGUUGCCGCCCAAGAAUAGGCAUAAAAAUAGUAAUCGAGGCGGGGAUAGCAGCAAUGCCAAUCAUAUGCAAACACUGCCGCCCAAGUCGGUGAGUUUGAGGCAGCAACAGCAGCAGCAGCAGCAGCAGGAGCGGGAAAGGGAACGCGAGCGAGAGCGACCCAGGCGAGCGGAGACCCUGGACAAUGCCCGCAGCUAUAUCGAGCAGCAGCAGCAGCAAUAUCCCAGCCAGUUGAUAACCAGCAGCAUGAAAAAGCAGCAUUCCUACGAUAGCAGCUAUCAUCAGCAACAGCAGCAGCAGCAGCAGCAGCAAGCGGCAGCACAGCAGCAGGCCUACUAUCAGCGGCAGCACAACAACAAUUUCUCCUCCAAGCAACAGCAACAAUUGCUGCUAGAGCAACAGCAGCAGCAGCAGCAACAGCAGCAGGCGCUAUUCUAUAGAUCCCUCAAAAGGGGCGGCGAACGUGGUGGUGCUGCCACAGCCACGGCUGGGAUGAGCAACCACAGUGAUCUAUAUUCUGUGACGGAAUUGUAGGAAUGCGCCUGCUGCGGCGGCGGUGUGGAUGUGGUGCGUCGGGGCGCCUCAUCCACAUCGCUGCACGCAGCGGCGGCCACACAGACGACACAAAAUCAAACCCAAUCGCAGUCCCAGGCGCCCAUACCCCUGCCACCCAAGAAGCAUCGUCAACGGGAGCGGGAAAGAGAGCAGCGAGAGAGGGAGCAACAGCAGCAGCAGCAGGCGCAGGCCACCUGCAAUGCCAAUCUGUGCGAGGAGCACGAAUACGAUGAGUACUAUCCGCAGGCCUUUGAGAUGCAAGGAGGCACAGGAUCGGCAGCAGCAGCAGCAGCAGCAGUUGCAACUGCUAGCUCCAAGCAUAGCAAGCAACAAAGCCAGCAAAGAGCAGCCACCUUCGAUGUGGCCGAUGCCCGAGACUAUGAGCUCAAGCGUUUGGGCAAUCGCAGAUCCCAACAGCAGGCGGCGCCAAGCAAACGAAAUGGUGGAAAUGGAGGAGCAGGAGGAGCAGGAUCAGCUGCUGCUACCACUCAGGAUCAUCAUCGCAGUCAUGAUCGUGAGCGAUCUCGCAGUGAUCAUCGCAUUGCAAGCUAUGCCUGCGACGAGAUCAACUCAACGGCGCUAUGCAGUGCCGGCUCCAUGAGCUCCAUGCUGCAGGCAACGAAUGGAACUGGUCACAACAGGAGCAGCAGCCAUCAGCGGGAACAUCAUACGCGUGAGCAGCAGCAGCAGCAACAGCAACAACAGCAGCAACAACAGCGGGAUCGACGCGAGAAGACCUUCAAGGUAUGAUUUUUAGAGACGUCAUAAGAAUUAUCCAAUCCGCGCCAGGAUAGCAGCAGCAGCAGUAGGAAUGGCAGCUCCAGGCGGCGGACGCGUUGAGGGGAAAUGGAAGCGAACGUGGCGGAUUCUAUAGCGGUUAAUAUAUAUAUAUCUUGAUAUAGAUAUAUAUAUAGAAGGAGUAGAAGGAUAAAGCAUAACCACAACCGAAACUGAAACCAUCGAGGAAGGAGCAUUGGAAGAAGCCCCCUGCCUGUUUUUUAUAUGUUUAGCUUAAGUCGCGUGUACUCUAUCUAUCUAUCUCCAUCUCUCUCUCUGUGUAACACUGUCCCCCUCUUCACCCUGUCUCUGUCGCACGCACACAAAACAAGGAAAACGAACACACAUGCGUAUAUAUUAAUUAUAUACAUAAAUAUUGUAAAAAAAAGAAAACACACACAAAUCGACCUCUCCCUGAUUGAUUCAAAUUGCAAAACUGCUGCUAGAAUGCUACAAAAAACAAAGAAGAAGAGAAAACUGUUAAUACCAGAGAGGCGGUGAUCAAAAUAACGGUAUGCGAGCUGUUAAUUAACAGAGCUUUAGAAUUCCCAACUGCUAAGAUGCGUUCCUUUUUUAAAUAAGUCAAUUUCUUUAAUUUCAUUCAAGAAAAAUGUAGAAAAAAUUCAAACUUGCAAUAAUUACACUAUAAAAAUUAUACACAUUCUUUUAAAUCUUUUUAAAAUAUUUAUCUUUAUUUUAAUUACUGCCUCUUGUGGUGUUUACAGCGUAUAUAAACAUAUACACACAUCAUACAUCAAAAAAACCUACAUCAGUUCUCUGCUCUGUGUUGUUGCCUAUUGUUAUAUAUAUAUAGUAUUUAGUAUACAUAAUGCCCUACGUUUAAAAACCAUAACGAAUACUUUUUUUGUGACCACUAUAUAUAUAUAUAUUUAUAUGUGUAUAUUUUUAAAUCCUAAGUUAAGUGAGAUUUAGUUUGUAAGCGCCAAGCCUAUUUAUUUACGACAGAUUGUAAGGAAAAACCCUUCUCCCUUAGCCUUUGAGCCCCACCAAAUCCCAGAAAAUAUCAUCCAAAUAUCGGUUGAAAAGCGGAAAAGUUAAAAACCGAGGAAAAUUUAAGAAAAUGUUCAUCAAAUUUCCAUAAUAUCUUUAAGAAAGGUCAUAUCUUGAUGUUCGUAAAUUAUUUCUAAUUUAAAAGAUAAAUAUUUUCUUUUCAAACAAGAAAAUAUGAAACCUUUUUGAAAAAGGAAGACAUUUUCUUGAAAUAUCAUUUUCCUGGCUGUACGAUCAUGGGAAAAGCCCUUGUAUUUUAUUGUUUUUAAUUAGUAUAAAUAUUUUUUUGUAUAGAGUU